AUGCUCUACGUCUCCGCACAAUGGGCUAGUCUUACGCUACUGCUACUCCUCACGGUGCUAGUUGUGUCCACCGUCAACGCCGAGUUCUUCGUGCCAGAGGACGUCCCCGGUCCACCCGAGAAGAUUCUGGUAUCUCCAGCUAGUGACACAUCGAUGCGUGUGCAGUUCUUCCCACCAUUAAACGUCAAACCCGAGGGCGUCAAUGGUGCUCCUGUCAUUGGAUAUAAAGUGGAAGUAGCUCGACGUGUGGACGAGGUGCAGACGUUCUCAGUGGCAGCCAUUGGUCCCAUCCUAGCGGGUGGCUACAAG